AUGAAGUCAAUAGGCGUUAUACAAAUUCCAUGCAGAUUGUUAUUACUGGAAGACGCAGAAGCUGCUCUCCAAAUCAACGACGAGCAACUUCCUCCUGAAAUGGGGGGAAUUUCUGGGAAGGUGACAGAAGUAGCAUCACGUGGAUUUCAAUGGCUCAGAGCAAAAAAGAUUGAGGCAGAUCCUGAGGAAUAUGAAUAUGCCGAGGAUCUCCCUGAUCCGGAUCCUAUAGUUGUGGAAGCAGAAGAAGAGGGAGAAAAUGGAGGCGGAGACCCAGAGCUCGUGAGGAGAUAG